AUGUCGUACCUAGAAGAAGGCGAGAUCGCAGUGGUGCGAGGAGAGCGAAGCGAAGGCGACGCACGUAGAGGCCGGGAAAGCCUCGACCGAGAAGACGGAAAAGAGAAUGUGCGGGGGAGACAGAGAGACCGCGACUGGGCGAGGCCGAGCGGGGCCGGCUCGUUCCUCUCGCCAGGAGUCGCAGGGGACAGGUUCGAGCCGGACAAGCUGGGGGGGAGGGGCCGCGAGGGCCGAAGGCGAGAGAGUGCACAUUACCACAGAGAACACCUGAGAGAGAGAGAGGGAGCCCGGAGAGCGUCCUUCUCGAAGAAAUGCGGCGCACAGGGCCCCACCGUCCCGUCGUUCCCCCUGCUGGGUCGGCCCCCCCCGUUCAUUCCCUUCCCCGCGACUUCCGGCGCCACACCAGCGUCUUUCUUCUCCGUUCAGUCUUUCCCGCACCCCCUGGCCUGCUCGUCCUUCCCGUAUGCCUCACCCUUCUGUCCGCUACCGCCUCCGUACUUUCCGCCCUUCCCUUCGUCCUUCGCCUUCUCUCCUGGCGCGUUGCCUGCGCGGGGGCCUGCCGCGCCGGAGCAGAAUCCUCGCAGAGAAGAGAGAGAGGAGCGAGGCGAGCGCAGCGGCGCGCGACGCGACUGCGAGACGCAGCCGAGUCUCGGCUUCCCAAGUCAUGCGUUGUCUGUGUCUGAAAACGGGACACACUCGGACGAAAACAGUUCUCGCCUCUUGUCGCACCAGUCGGCUGCGGCAUUGUUCCCAGGCGCUUCGCGCUCUUCGCACGGCGACCCCGCGGCCGAGCCGGAGACAAAGAAGCCUGCAGGCAAGGCCGAGCAGCAAUACAGAGACCCUCGGCUGAAGGCCAGGGCGGCCAAGAAGCUCGGCGAGAGACCUCAGCUUGAAACACCUGCCUCUUGUCCUGCCGCCGCGCCUUCCCCUGCGGCGCCUUUGCCUUCGACGCCUUCUGCAGCUGUCGCUGUGGAGGCGGAGAGCGGGGGGGCUCACACGAGGAAUGAGGCUCCUAGCCGAGGAGAAAGAAGAAGACGACAGACACUCGAGGACAGGGAUCCGUGGGUUGUCCGAGAAGAGGACACACACCGUUCCCCUUCGCCCUCGUCCGUCCCGUCUUCUUUGCCUUCUCUGCCUCGCUCCCUGACGACUUCCGCAGCGCCGGACCCUCAUCCUGCGGCCCCAGCGUCGCUCUCGUCUCUCUCGGCUGCUCUUCGUCCGUGUCUGCCUUGUUCCCCGCGUCUCUACCCUUGUCCAAUCUCUUCGCGGGAGGAGAGAAACACCCAACGCAGCCGGGAGGCCACCGGGACGGGCGAGAGCCGCGAGAAGCGCGACGCAUUCCUCAUUGCGAACCCGACAAAGCGAUUCGGUAAUGCUGAUCGCGCGCGGCUCUUCGACAGAAGACGGCCGUCUGCUCCCGCCUUUCUUUCUGGGAGAAAAACGGAAGAGGAAGUGAACCCUGGGUUGAGGAGCCAGGCGCCUCCGGCGUCCUCCCUCUCGGCAGUCCACCGCAGAGCGUCAAACAAUUCUCUGUCGACCUCGUCUCCUGCCUCCUCUGCAGCCUGCCGCCCUGGCUCCGCCGCGCCUCUCGCCUCUUCUUGGUCGUCGCUCCCUUCGUCCACAUAUGCGGCAACCCAGGUCGCCGCUUCGUCCGGCUCGUCCUCGUGUGCUUCGAUCUCUGCUGUGUCGCCUCUCACUUCCACUUCGUUGAGAUCCUCUCCCGCUGGCUCUUCUCUCCCCGCUUCCUCCUCUACGCCUCCUUCUCCCACUUCUCACCAAGCGACUUCUCGCGUUUCAUCGGCGAUCCCUACUCGCGCGUCUCCUCCGCAGUCGACAGCCUGCUCUCUCUCUUCUUCCUCUGCUUCUUGUCCGUUUACUUCUCCGAGUUUGAGCCGCGACAGGCAGGUCAAAGAGAAGCGGCGAGAGGGCGAAGAGAGACAGCGCGAGAAGAAGAACAGAAGCGAGCGAGAGAGAUCUGAGAGAGAGAAAGACCGGAAGCCUGGCUCCGAUGCAGCCCGGUCCGAGAAGCGAGAAAAGAGCUGCCGCAGAGAGAGCGGCGGGAAGGAGCGGGAGGAUGGGUCGUAUGCGCGCCGCGAGAAAAGCGGCCGCGACAAGAGAGCUCUCCACAUGCACACAGAAGAAAGGAAACACAAGACCGAGAAGAGUGGGAAAAAGGAGACAGCUGAACCUUUCUGCCAGCCGGGUCAGACUCCCACCGCGGCCAACCCCUGUCCCUCCCUGUGGGGUCCGACCUCGAAUGCCCUCGUCUCUUCAACGUGCGCGACACUAGCAGCUGCGGCUUCUCUCUCGCCUGCCUCGCGUCUCUACGCUCCCUCCUGGUUCUCGCCGUCUGGGGAAGGGAGAAAGCGGUGGAACGCCUGGCCAGAGGCGAGUCCCGAGGAGGCCGCGUUCGCCCUCGCGUCACCCUCUCGCACGGCGCUGUCUCCUCUGCACGAGGCUCCGCUGUCUCCGCCGCGCGCAUCCGCCUUCGUCUCGCCUUCGCGCCCUGCCGAGAAGGGCGAGGCGUCGCUCGAGGGCGAGCGAAGCCGCAGCCAGGAAAAGAAAAAGAGAGAGAAGGAUAAGUCACGCGACACGAAAGACCGCCACAAGAAGGACCGUGACGACCGACGCCGGAAGCACAGCCAGAGGGGAGAGCGCGGAAAAGACGGGCGAGAACACGCGAGAGGAGGCAGGGACGAGGAGACAGCAGACGGCGAAAAGAAAGUGAGGGAUCGAGUGCGAGUCGAGAACGGAGAAAGUCUUAAUUGUACCUCGUUCGCUUCGAGCUCGAAGGGGGACUUGUGCGCCCCUGCCGUCGAGCUCAGCGAGGAAGAAGGGGAAAUCAAAGAGGAAGGCGCGCCGUGGAAGCGGGAAUCCGGCAGCCCCAGACUGGCCAGCGUGGACCGCGAGCGCGAGCGACUGAGGGAGAGAGAGCGAGAGGAAGAGAGGCGACGCAGAAGACGCGAGAAGAAGCGCAGCAAGGAGGGGCGAAGGGAGCGCGGGAAGGGGAGAGAACACGGCCGCGACAGUGACAGCCGAAGAAGGAAGCGAGCGUCGAGCGAGGCAGACACGAGAGAGAGACGCGCAAGCAGUGCGCGCGUAGAGGGCGAGCCGGGCGAAGCGAAGAGACGACGCAGAGAGGAGAAGCGCAGGAGACUGGAGAAGCGAGACAAAGGGGAGACGUCUUCCGCGACGAAAGAGAAGGACGCCCGGGACAGAGAGGACCCUUGUGCCAGGAGGGAUGCAGGACGACUUGGGCACGUCCCGGUCAGCCGUGGGGACGGAACCAGGGAUGUGGAGAGACAGGCCGAGUCUGCGGUUGCUGCGGAAGAGAGAGGAACCGAUGGCUCAGAGUCGGCAAGCGCCGCCACAGUUUCCCCUCACCGCGAGCCGAAAGUCCAGUUCGUCUUUUCGUCUCCGAGUCCGCCUUCGAACUCUUCGCCUCUCAAGCCUUUCCACCAGCGACACGCGGGAGUCUCUCCUUCCUGGUGUUCUUCGUCUGAGGCCUCGUGCCUUUGUUCUCGCUUGUGGCUGUCAUCUCCGCCCGACCUUUCGUUUUCGCCCUGUUCGCCCUCGGCGUCUUCGCAGGUUUCCUCCUCUUCGUCUUCGCCGCCUCGUGGGGCGUUUUCGCUGGACGCAGCGUCGCAAGCUGGCGGUCGGCGCAGCCCAGCUACCGUCUCGACCUCUUGUUCUGUGCCGUCUCUUCGGCUCGCGUCUUCAGCCUCCGCUGCGUCUUACGCGCCCGCUACCUCUUCCUCCACGUCUCCGGCCGUUGCUGUUUCCGCCCCUACUUUGACUUCCUUACCCCCCUCGACUUCCAGUCCGUCCUCCCACCGGUCUCACUUCUCUUCCUUGGCUCUCCCCUCUUCUUCGUCUUCCUCGCCGUCGACUUCUGAUUCAAGGGAUGCUCCGCAUACUGUCUGCCCGCCGGACGCUUCGAGCCCGUUCUCGUCCGUUGCCUCGUCUCCGCGCCCCUCGGCGGCUCCGCCCUCGACGCCUUGCCUGGCCUCUGUGGCGACAGAUGUCCGUUUUCAAGGGCGCGGCACCGUGGCCGCCUCGCGGGUUGAGGGCGGGAGUUUCGUCCGCGAGGAGGGGAGCAAGCCUCCGCGCUCGUCCCGUCCCCACGCUUCGCCUUGUCCGUCUUGGGCCUCGUCGGCUGCUGCGAGGGCGUCUUCUUGGACCCCCGCAGUCAGCUGCGGCUCACCUUGUGCAGGGACGAGAGAAGGCCCGACCCAGCGAGACAGUGAGGGAGAGGAGAGAAAGGCAGCAGAGGAAGGGAGCUCAGGGCCAGCUGAGCGCGAGGACGGAGACACCGAGGACACAGGAGACAGAGAAGACCAGAGAGAGAGAGAAGGCGGCCAGAGAAACGAAGAAAGGCCGACAGACGAGGAGAGAGCAGCGGACCAGAACACACCCAACCAGGGAGAGCGACAAGGCAGAGAGGGGGGAGAAGAAGAGAAAAGAGAGAGGGAGAGAGAAGGAAGAGACAGCGAAGAGAGAGAGAGAGACCGGAUGUCCGGCACGCAUUCAUCGCCCGAGGACGGAACAGCUGGAGAAUCGGCCCCAAAGCGGUGUGUUGCCUUUCCGGGAUCUAAUUCGCUUUCUACCUUCAUCUGCAACAGCCUGUCGCGGGAAAGCGUCCGACGCGCAGUCAAUCGGAGAGGAGAAACCGUCUCGCCGUCUUCGUUCUCUCCCUCUGCUUCUCCUUGUUCUCCGGCUUCUUCCCUGUGUUCUCUCGACGCACGACCUACUCUCCCGCGUGCGCCGCCUUGUUCCGCCGCCUCUCGUGAUUCCUCGCAGUCUUACUCGUCUGCCUACUCUCGGGAUCGGCUGCUCAAGGGCGAGCGCCUCGGCGCGGCCUCCACCAUUCCCCAGGCGCUCGUCCUGGAGCCUAGCGCGUCGGAGACGUCCCCGAGGUCUUCCACAGACGCGCGAGACGAAGAGAAACCGGGCCUUCUCUCCUCUCCCACCUCCACAGCCUUCUCUCUCGCUUCCUCGCCUUUCUCGUCCUUUCCUCCCCAAUCCGUCCCACCGUCACAGUCACCUCCCGCGUCUUCUCUGUCCGUUUCGGCUUCGACGUCGCCUCGUCUCAGCUUUUCCUUUUCCAGCCCCGCGCCGGUGGAGGAGGCCGUCGUGAAGGCGGCAGCGGCUGCUGCGGUGGCGGCAUUGCGGCGAUCCAGGGCGCGCGCCUCGCUGAAAACGGAAGGCCGGUCGAGAGACAGGGCGGAGGCUGGCCGGCAGGAAGGCCCGAGAGCGCGCGUCUCGGUGGAGACAGACGAGCAGCGCGAGGAGAGGGAGGUUGCGGCACCGGGCUACGCAAAGGAGACACGGCCGAGUAGGGAAGCCCACGUGGGAAGCGAGAAGGAAGGGAACUCGAAGCAGAGAGUCGAGAGCGAGGGAGAAGAAGCGCGAGAGCAGAACGCGGCAGCAGAGACCGCGCAGACGACAGGCCCGCAGGAGAUUCUGGGAGGCGAUGGACAGGGCGAGGACAAAGAAAAAAAGAGAUGGGAAGUUGAGGCAGUACAGGCGGAAGGGGAAGAAUGCGAGGAAGUGCCGGUGAGCGAGACGAGCAGGGCGGGCGAGGUUAGACGAACCGCGCAAGGCAAAGCGGAAAGGGACGAAACGGAGAGGGAGGAGCCUACGCGGGACCUUGGGGAAGGUGAGGGAGAGGAAGCGCCGCAAGAACAGAAGGGAGAGGCGGAGGGAGUCGAGGAAGGAGAGAUGGCGGAACGAGCGAGAAAGGAAGGAGAUCAGGAGCACGGGAGCGAGACAGGGGACGGAGCGAGAGAAAGAGAAGACUCAGAAGACACACAGCAAGGAGACAAAGAGGGGAGACACACUGCUGACUUGCGCGACGCGAUAGAGAAGAGAGAAGAGAAGGCUGUAGAGCUGGAGACGCACAGCGCCAGGCGAGAGCAAAAGGAGGAAGAGGAAGGAAAGGAACGCGGGAGAAAGCCUCGCCACGAAGUCGGAGAGCUGUCGGAAGAACAGCCGAAAAGAGAAGAACUGGACGAAGGGAAGCAAGGCAUCGCAGAGAAGGCAAAUGCUGGAGAAGAGAACGACGGAAAAGAAAAAGAGGAGCCUGUGGGAAGAAGCCGAGAAGCCGCAUGCAGAGGCAAAGACGGUUCAAACGUUCGCCAAUGCGUAGAGACCAGAACCAUGGCCAGGAGACGCAGCAGAAAAGUACCGCAGGAGACGGCGCAACCUUUCCUGCCUGGAGAAAAGACAACGGACACAAGGACCUCUCACCUUCAGCCAGCACCGCUCGAUUCACCACCCUCCCGGGCGUCUCCCUCUUCUGAGGCUCCUUCUUCCUCUUCUUCUCCUUCUUCCUCUUUUUCUUCCUCUUUGUCUUCCUCUUCCUCUUCUUCCUCAUCUUCGUCCUCAUCGUCGUCUGCGUCUUCCCCACCGACACCUGUCCCACCUGAGGAUGCAAGUCCAGCGCCCAUGCAACCGCAGACGCGGCUCCGUCGUUCGCCGCGCUCGGCGGCUAAUCUUGGAGAGAGGCGGCCGGAGGCAGACGCUCCGAACCCGGCGGAGACUGCGAGCGGAAGUCACGAAAAUUUUGAGAAGGUGCGGAGAACGGGAAGGAAGAAGGGAAGCGAGAAGAGCGAGGCGGGCGAGAAGCUAAAGAGCGACGGAUGGCCUCUGGACGCGCGGGAGGGGGUUAAAACUCGGAGUGAGACGAAGGCGCUGCGGGGAAGGGCGGCGACGGAAUCGGCCUCCCUGGGCGAGGCGACCGAGCACAGACCGGCGGAGGAGACAGCGGGAGACGCUGGGUUACCGCGGGGCCGAUCCGGAGAAGAGAAGCAAACAGAUAAAGGAAAAAGAAACGGAAUCCGCGCUGAAGGCAAAGACAGGGGAAGAGCCCGGACAGAGACGCCAGCAGAGUCUCUGAAGCUGACCGAAACUCCUCGCACUGACUACCCUGAUCCGUCCCCGUCCUCUCCGAGUGCUUCCUCGACCGCUGUUCCUUCUCACUGGCCCCCCAGUCCUACCUCUUCCUCUUCUUCUGUUUCUUCUUCCUCUUCUUCUGUUUCCUCUUCCUCUUCUUCUUCCUCUUCUUCUUCUCCCUCUUCUUCCUCUUCUUCUUCCUCUUCUGCGUCUUCCUGUUCUUCUUCCUCUUCUUCGUCUUCCUCUUCUGGCCAUCUCUCGUCUACGACUCAGGCCGCUCCAGAAAAGGACCACGAUGGCGGGAGCGCACCGGCGGAGCGGCGCGUCGCAGCGAACCCGGCAGAGGCGCAGUCGCCUCGUGCGUCGACUUGUGCGGCGCCUUUGUCUGUGCUGAGCGAGGCGGGGAAGAAGCGAGAAGUGAAGACGGAGUGGCAGACUGAGUGGUGGGACCAUAUUGGCUUCGUCGAGAGCUCGCGCGAACUGCAGCUGGGCCGGGGCACUUUCGGCAAUGUUUUUCGGGCCCGCUGGCGCCGCAGCGUCCAGCCUCCCUUCUGCUGCGCGCGCUGUCAAGCAGAGGAGGAGCGGGAGGGCGCGCGAGAGAGUCUGGGAGGCGACCGCGACGCGCGGGAUUCUCGGCAGGACGUGCCAAAUGCAAAGGCCGCGGGAAAAGAAGAGGGGGCGAGCGCGAGCCUCGCCGCUGGUGCAGUCGCCUCGAGUCCUCUCGGAGCGACGAAUCCCGCGGGUCUGUUUGUGGCUGGGCGUCGCGCCUGCUUCUGCUCCGCCGCGCGCUGGGUUCCUCUGGCGAUCAAAGAGUACAAGGCACAGACAGCUGCGCCUUUCCAGUUUCUGCGCGAAGAAGCUUUCAUGCGCCACUUCAACGCCCACGUGAUUCGCCCCCUGGCGACGCGCUCCUACAAGCCGCAGCCAGUCGCAGCCUCCGCCGCGGCUGCAGCCGCCGCGAGCUCGCGGCGUCUCGGCGCUUGCGAGGAGCCGGGAAGGCGCCAAGCUGAUCCGCGCGACCGCGAGGGGCGAGAGGGUGGCGAAGCUCGAGAGCGAGACGGCGAUGCUGCGCUCCCCAGGAAGGACGAGAGACGUGGCGAGCCCAAGGCCGACAGGUCGCCGCUCCCCGCGGUCGCGCCACCCUCGUCACUUAGACAGUUUCAGCUCCUCAUGCACCGGGCUCGAGGGGACUUGAUGGUCAUGCUGAAGCGGCUGAUUAUGCGUCGUGCAAAAGUGAAGUUCCUGCUCGCCUGGGAGGAGGAACGACUGCGGAACCAAACUGCUGAGAGCGAACCUCCCGACGAGGGAGGAAACGCAGUUGGUCCGCCUUUGGAGGCUUCUUCGCCAGCUAAGGAAACCCGCGGAGACGACCGGCGUCUCCCCACGCCUGGUUCCGGCCAUCCGUGGAGUGCGCUGGGCGCGCCGGGUUUGACGGAGUUUGAGAUGAAGUUUUUGUUUGCGCAGCUGCUGAGUGGCGGGGCCUUUUUGCAGUGUUGCUGCGAGGCCGAUGUCGGGCGCAUCGUUGACAUCAAGGUGUCGAACGUCUUGGUCUUUUGCGAGGAGAAGCACAUCUACUUCCCGCUCAAGUGGCUCAUCGUUCUCGCCGACUUUGGCUCCUCGCUCGUCCUGCACCCGACGGACCACUUUGCGUCCUCGACGCCGUGGUCAGCUGGCCGCGAAGAGAAGAAACGCCAGUGGAACUUGCAGAUUCAGAGACAGCUCACAACCUACAACCAAGGGACGACCUACACGAAUGCGCCGGAGGCUCUGCGCUUCGACAAAUUCGGCAGACUCCGCGACGUCCCGCCGGGCGCGCCGCGGCCGGCCGAGGGACGGGUGAGUGACGCGCGCCGAGAGAGGAGCCCUCGAGACGGCGAAGGGAAGGAACCCGCCAGGCAGAGAAGCGCCGGCGAAGGGGAGGUCGGGCCCAAGAGACGAAAGGUCGAAAAGGGCGAAGCUGGAGGGAGAGAAGGCGGAGAGGGCUGUCUCAAGCGCCGGCGGGAAACAGAGGGAUUUGCAGAAGACUUGGCGCGAAGGCGACACCGCGCGCUGGAUGCGCCCUGCUCCGGAGACAGUGGGGCGAAGGGCGCAGCACGGGAGGGGCUGAACCUGAGCGCCAAGCCGGAGGCUGCAAGGACGGGUCGACUCCUCCCUGCCGCCGCGCCUGCGUCUUCUACCGCCUCGCUUUCGGCUUCUGCGUCCUCUGCACCGAACUCGCUGCCGUCCUGCUCGUCCCUACGUCACUCGUCGCUCCUCAGCACCGGCACGCGCCACGCAGUGACCACCGCGACGUCUCAGAAAGAUCUCACAGCUCGCCAUCGCGAGCGUGCCUGGCUCCGGCAGCUGAAGAAGUGUCAAGGCAUCUUGCCGCUGUCUUCGCAGGGCGUGCGCAAGGCGCCUGGGCCUCCGCCUGAAUCUUCUCAGGCGCUCGCAGCCCUGUCUUCGUCGAGCGCGUCAGCCCGAAAGUCAGCGGCGUCUCGAGUUGCGCAUCCCGAGAGAGACGAGAGAGUCGAAAAGAAGAGGAGACGCGAGGAACCUGAGGAAGGCGCGCAUCGCGAAAAGGAGGGAGACGGUGAAGGAAAGAAUGGACAGGGAGGACAGGACGGACAGCGAGAAAAGAAGGAGACAGGAACAGAUGGCGACGAUGAACGCGCGGAAGACAGGGCGACAGAGGAAGCUGAGAAGGGCGAGGGCAGACACCGACCGGCUCUGGAAUCGCGGCGCCUGGCAGAUUCGGCGAGGCUAAAGAAGGAAAGAGAAGGGGCUAGAGUCUCGGCGACUGCCUUGGCAUGGAGACAGAGAGAGGCGAACGGAAGCGAGUCGCGCAGGCCCGCGGCUGCAGCCCCUGGGCUCCAUCUGCCCAUCACCAAACACGCGGACGCCUGGAGCUUCGGCGUGACGCUUGCCGAGCUAGCCAAGGGCGGCGGCUGCUGCUGUCCUCCCUCGUUCCUGCGCGCCUCGCGGCUGUCGACCUCCGCGGCGCAGACAGACCAGGACGUCUGUCUUUGCGGAACUGCAGAAGGCAGCCGUCACUUUGAAGAAGCCGAACGACAAGCGCGCCUGAUUCUCCUGCGUCUCCGAGAAGAAAGGAAACACGAACUCGACAAAAAGGCACCCAGCCUAGACGCUCAAUCAAACCUCCCGAAGUCCGCUUCUUCGUCUGCACCACCAGUCUCUGCGGCAGAGGGCGAGGCGGCUCGCACGCGGCGAGGCCGUUCGGCGCGGCCGCCAGGGGGAGAGCAGGAGGCCGAAUCGCCGGCAGCAGCGCCGAGUGCUCUCCUGCGUGCGGGCCCGAGAACGCGCGGCUCCGCGAGGCAGGUCGCAGACGCCGCGAGGCCGGGGGAAAACGGAGACGGAGGCCCAAAGUCCCCGGCGAGAGGGCGACGGGGCCGGUGUCGCCCGCGGUCUCGCGAAAAUGCAGAGAAGAGGCGAGACGCCACGGAUGCGGCUGAAGAGCCUCAAAAGGACGCGCCUGAGGAGCUUCAAAAGGACACGCCUGAAGAGCCUCAAAAGGACGCGCCUGAAGAGCCUCAAAAGGACGCGCCUGAGAUCCCGGCGAGCGCAGACCGGCAGGCGCGGCGUUCGGCCGGCGCGCCCGUCUCCCCGCAGUGUUUGUCAGCUGCGCCUUCGGGAGACAGAGAGGACGAGGUGAACGAUCCAGGCGCAGCCUCGCCCUUUCUGCCGAUUCCGUCUUUCGUCGCGGCAUGGGCAGAGCAGCACGCGGAGCUUGGCGCGUACUGGGCGGCUACGCAGGACGUCUGUCAGGCCGUCGGUCACGGAUUGUUUCGCAUCCGGAACGAGGAGGAGCAGCGGCGCCUGGAGAAGAAGGGCGAGGCGCACGCCGUGCAGUGGAUCGGCAGAUCCCCCGACGAACUCGACCAAGAGGACAAAAAGGUGCUUCACAAGAUGGCGUGGAACUGGGUCAUUGCGCGCCAAACCGCCUGGACGUGCGACUGCAGCCUCGCAGAGCGCAUUUAUCGACUACAGCGAGACUCUGCGGUCGCGCUUUCGUCCGGCGCGUCCCACGCGUUCUCACCUUCUUUCUGGAACCUCCUGGCGGCGCUCUUGUCUUAUCAGGCUCCUGAGCGUCUCCUGCCUGCGGAGGCUCUUGGCCAUCCCUGGUUUGCGACUUCAGGGCGCGCGAUCUUUGACCUAAUUGACGCGCUUCCAGGGUUCGCCAAUCUCCACCUGCCAGCAGAACACCGGCGCAGCCGCAACAAGCGGCUGCGUCACAACGUGCCUCCCAGUGGUCCUACUGCAAGCUCCGCUCCUCGCCUUUCGGCGUGUCCUCUCACUUCUUCUCUCGGGUCGGGCUGCGAGGCGAGCGCACUCUGUGGAGGGUAUGGCUCUGUGGCGCGACGCCCGCAUGCGUGGUUCACGGGCGCUCUCCACGGCCUUUCUGCUUCUUUCUCGGCCUCGCUGACUUCGGCUGCGGAACGGCACGCACUCGCGUCCCCGCCCUCCCCGCGGGCUUCUAGCUCUGUCGGCGCCGGCGGCGAGGUCGAGGCGACGGACACAGUCGCAGACGAGAAGAAGAGGAAGGCACAGGACGAAACGCGCGAGAGCGACGCCGAGAGCAGCGGCGACGACUCUGAGAACACGGACACCAACGGGACAUGCAAAAAACACUUGCAUCCAGUACCUUUUGCAUCGUCCUCGUCUCCUUGUUCUCUUUCUCAGCUCUCUUCUCCGAUUGCUUCCUCCUCGCCUCGAAGUCCGCCUCAGUCGUCUCGCGCGGUGUCUCCCUGGCAGUUGCUGGCGUCGUGUGGAGACGACCUGGCGCGGUCCAUUUGCGUGCAAGAGGCCCACGUUUUGAGCAAGAACGAGAGACUGCUUUGGGGCCGAACGGGGCUUCUGUUUCUGCACCUUUUCGCGUUGAAGCAGAAAGAAAACUGGACCUGGGAAGAGACGUGCUCGUCGUUCGCAGCCCACAAACUCGGCCAGUGCCUCCUCAAGCUCCACCGAGAGAAGCGCGAAGGCGUCUCAAACCGCGCAGCGGGGGAGAAGAGAAAGCGGAUGGCUUUGCAGAAGGGAGACAGGUCCGGCGCAUAA